UAAGCCUAAAACCCUAAUUUGCAAAUAUUAUAUAAAGCUUGUCACGGUCCUUUGUUAUUUCCAUUUGAAAACCCAGGGUUUCUUCCAUAGCCGCCCCUGAAAUUUAAAAAAGAGAGAGAGAGAAUGAAGGUUGUUGCUGCAUAUUUGUUGGCUGUUUUGGGGGGCAACACUUCCCCUUCAGCUGAUGAUCUUAAGGCCAUUCUUGGCUCUGUCGGAGCUGAAGCUGAAGAUGAAAGGGUUCAACUUCUUUUAUCUGAGGUCAAGGGCAAAGAUAUAACAGAGCUUAUUGCAUCCGGGAGGGAAAAGCUUGCCUCCGUUCCAUCUGGUGGUGGUGUUGCUGUUGCAGCUGCUGCUCCUGGUGCCGGUGCCGCUGCUGCUCCAGCUGCAGCCGAGGCUAAAAAAGAAGAGAAAGUUGAGGAGAAAGAAGAAUCCGAUGAUGAUAUGGGAUUCAGUCUCUUUGAUUAAAGAGUUGGUUUUUUGCAGAAAUUCUCUUCUUCUUUUUUUCAAAUUUAAGGCUAGUUUAGAUUCUAAAAUUUCGUUAUUUUCGUUUUCGAUUUGGGGAUUCGAUGAACAAUGGCAUAUGUUUUUGCUUAAACUUAAUGUUGCAAUGAAUUUUCCAUAGUCUAUUAUGAUGAUUUUCUUGAA